AUGCAGCAGCUCGAUCAAAAGGACAAAGCCGUGGCUCGCGAGGAACACUGUGCCAAGAGCCACUCGCAAGCAAACAACAGCUCCAGCAAUACGGAGGAGGAACAGGCACACAAGAGCAUGAGCGUCAGCUCGCCCGAGAGCUCCUCGGCGGGGACGAAUUCAGGCAAGAGCUGCGACAGCAGCAGCCGCAAGAACAGCAGCAGCAGCGCCGCCACCGCGGGCGGCGUCCGGCAGUACGUGCGAUCCAAAAUGCCGCGCCUCCGAUGGACGCCGGACCUCCACCACUGCUUCGUCAAUGCCGUGGAGCGGCUGGGCGGCCAGGACAGAGCCACUCCCAAGCUGGUUCUACAGCUCAUGGAUGUCAAAGGAUUGACAAUUGCGCAUGUCAAGAGCCAUUUGCAGAUGUAUCGGAGCAUGAAGAAUGAUGAGAAUCACGGCCAAGCGAGUUCCGAGGCAGGCCAGGAUCAUCUGGCGUUGAUUGACGAUCGGAGCUCCCUCGUCGGCACCGCCUUUGCAUCUUCUCUACAGCAACACCUUGAUCUUGGACACCAUCACCCACACGAAAGCUUUGCAGCCUUCCAGCAACAGGAACAGCAGCAGCAGCACUUCUUCUGCCGUCCUGUGCUUCAGCCACUCGCCAGGCACCACCACCACCAACACCAGCAGGAGCAUGGGUUUAUGGUGGAGAGCUCGAGCUCGUCGGGCCUGCGAAGCCACAGGAGCCUGCCAAACGAUCUCGUCCACCUCAACGACUACUGGCUGAAUUUGCAGACGCACAAGCAGAUCAGCCCCGGGAGCAGCAGCAGCAAUUACAGCAGCCGAUCCGAGUGGACUCAGAAUCAUCUCAUGCAGAUCGAUCACCACCACCACCACCACCGAGCUGCGCAGCAGGCAGCGAUUAACAACAACAGCAACGUAAUUGACAACAACAUCAACAACAGGCAUCGAGUUUUCGAGGAGCUGAGGAAGCAGAGACUUGUUCUCGACUCCUCCUCGCACAGCACCCACGCAACGAUGCAACUCCUGGACCGGAUGAACAAUCGAAGAUCAAGCCCCGACUCUACUGACGAUGACGACGAUGAUGAUGGCAGUAACUUAUCACUGUCACUAACAAGUUCCCCCGCUGGCAUGAAGAACAAGGCAAAGCGGCGAAACGGGAAAUACAUUCGCAGGGGCAGCAGCAGCACUAGUAGCGGGCAGCCGGAUCAAAAUCGCGGGGAGCCGGUCAUAAGAUUGGAUCUCACGCUCUCCAUCGCCCACAAAUCACCGUGAUCAAUCAAUCAAUCAACAGCAAACUCAACUAAAGUUGGAAGCUAACUCGAACUGAAUAUUUUGCUAAUCUACUAUGCAUGAACCUAG